AUGGAAAAGGCUUGCAUGAGUGAUGCCAAGUCUACUGGAUCCGAGCCAAAUGGCAAAGGGAAGAAUAAGAAGGAUGCCAAUGCCUUUUAUGGGAUGUUAGAUACUCCCAAUAUCAAAGAAGUUACGUUUGGAAAAUACACUUUUAAUACGUGGUAUGGAAAUGCAGCUUAUUUCAAUAGUCAAGAUUUCAAUCAUUCAGCAUUAGGAUAUGAAUAUAGUAACAUGAUAGCGGCUGAUCCAACUUUAAGAAGAAAAUCUCGAGGUUCAAUCACAACUAAUGGUGAUGAAAGUCAACAAGAUAAUUUCUGGUUAGAUCAUUUAUUCGUUUGUGAAUUCUGCUUUAAAUACACAUCUACUUAUAAUGACUUUCAAAAACAUCGAAUAGGAUGUACUCAUAAUGUGAUAAAACCUAAAGUUGGGAAAUUGGUCUAUCGAGAUGAUGUGACUCCAUACUAUAUACGAGAGGUAAAAGGGUAUAUGCAACCAUUAUUCUGUCAAAAUCUAUGUUUAUUUGGAAAAUUAUUCUUAGAUGAUAAAUCAGUCUAUUAUAACAUUGAUCAUUUCAAUUUCUACAUAAUAUAUGGUUAUGACUAUAGUGAUAUUGGAGAUGAAGAACGAUAUUGCAAACCAAUGGGAUUCUUUUCCAAAGAACGUUUGGCAUACGAUAAUGAUAAUAACUUAGCUUGCAUUUGUAUAUUCCCACCUUUUCAAAGGCGACAUUUGGGAUCAUUAUUGAUUGAAUUCCUGUAUGAAUUAGCCAAAGAAACUCCUGGUCAAUACUAUAGUGGCCCUGAAUUCCCCUUAUCUCCAUUUGGGAAAGUCUCCUAUUAUACUUAUUGGUCUCGAAAAUUAGUAUCUGUCAUACAUUCUCAUUUAAAAGAUGAAAAUUCAACCUUCACUCUACGUGACUUAUCACAAUGGACACGAUUCAGAAAAGAAGAUAUCCUACUUACCUUAGAAUACAUGAAACUAUUACAGCAAGAUCAAGAUGGUAAUGUGACACUUUUAUUAGGAAACUUAGACAUUUUCUGUAAAGAACAUAAUAUAGACCCACUUCAAGAGAAAAGCAUGAUUAAAACUGAUUGCCUAUUGAUUUAA